CGCUCGAGCUCCGGAUCACGCACACCACGUUCCCGCUCGAGAUCCCGCUCGAGAUCCCGAUCGCGCUCACGGUCCGACUCCCGCUCCAGGUCGCGCUCUCGCUCGUCCACCUCCUCCUCCCGCCGCACCCCCCACCGCUCAACCUCCACCUCCCGCGACCGUGCCCAUGCCGCCCAGGAGCGCAGGCCCUUCCGUCCCGAGUUCAAGGCCCACCUCGAGCUGCGCGGUCAUGCGAAACCUAUAUCCCAGGUGCGCGUCUCCCCCGACGGCCGCUGGAUCGCCUCUGCCUCCGCCGACGGGACCGCCAUGAUCUGGGACGCCACGACUGGUGCACACAUAGACACGCUCGUUGGCCACAUGGCCGGCGUCUCUUGCCUGGCGUGGAGCCCAGACUCCGAGACUAUCGCCACGGGCAGCGACGACAAGGCCAUCCGGCUCUGGAACCGCACCACGGGAGACCCCGCGCACGCCCCGCUGCUUGGCCACCACAGCUAUGUGUACUGCUUGAAGUUCUCGCCAAAGGGGAAUAUGCUCGCCAGCGGGAGCUACGACGAGGCCGUGUUCCUGUGGGAUGUCCGUGCAGGGCGCCUUAUGAGGAGCCUGCCGGCCCAUAGCGAUCCCGUCAGCGGCAUUGACUUCUGUAUGGACGGCACACUGGUGGCUAGCUGUUCUACGGAUGGGUUGAUUCGCAUCUGGGAUACCGCCACCGGCCAGUGCCUCCGCACCCUCGUCUACGUAGACAACCCCGCCGCAUCCUCCGUCUGUUUCUCUCCUAACGGCCGCUUCGUCCUCGCCAGCUACACUGACUCCUGCAUGCGGCUCUGGGACUUCAUCAACAUGCCCUGCACCGUGAAAAAGACCUACCAGGGCCACGUGAACAAGAACUUUUCCGUCGGCGGCUGCUUCGGCCUCCUGCGCGUCGCCUUUGUCGCGAGCGCCAGCGAGGAUGGAGACAUUGUACUGUGGGACGUCAAGAGCAAGGAAAUCCUGCAGCGCGUCGAGCGUGCCCACCAAGGCGUGUGCUUCUGGGUCGACGUCCACGGCGAAACGGGCACCAUGGUCAGCUGUGGCCAGGAUGGGCGCAUCGUGGUGUUCAGGCAC